GUACGAUCUGGCAAUACAAAGGCAUAAAUAGCCCUGUUCAACCCUCGUUCUUCUCAUCCUCAUCAUCAUCAGCCAUUCGCUCAAUCACCAAGCUACUUCUAUCUUUCGAUUCAAAUCCAUCUUCUAGCACUCUUUCGAGUCACCACUCCACCGUCACAAUGAAGUUCACUGCUGCUGCUGCUCUCGCUCUUGCCACUGUGGUUGUGGCUCAGCCCUCCGUCCGCGGCCGCGCUGUCAACCAUAUCCCUGCCCCUGCUGGCAUGACUGUCUCUCAGGGAGCCGACUCCUGCGGUAGCGGCAACCAGCUCUCCUGCUGCAACAAGGCCACUUAUGCCGGUGACUCCACCGACAUCGACAGCGGUCUCCUGUCUGGCCUCUUGAGCGGCCUCAUUGGCUCUGGAUCCGGCUCCCAGGGUAUUGGCCUGGCCGACGAUUGCUCCCCACUUGACCUCCAGGCCCUUGACCUUGUCGGCCUGCAAAACUUGCUCAACGACCAGUGCGAGCAGACUGCCGCCUGCUGCCAGGGCAGCGGCAGCGACACUGAGGGUGACCUCAUCGGUCUCGGUCUCCCCUGCAUUGCUCUGGGAUCGCUUCUUUAA